UUCAUCCUCACUGAGACACAAGAGCAAGAGCUUGCACAAAGACCAUGGAAGGUUUCAAGAUUGAGAGUGUGCUGGUGACUGGAAGUGAUCGAGGGAUUGGCUUGGGUCUGGUGCAGCGGUUUGUGGAGCUGCCGCAUCCUCCUCAGCUCCUCUUCGCAACCUGCAGGCAUCCUGAGGGCCCCGAAGGACAGGUGUUAAAGGAAAUGGCUACCAGAUGUUCAAACAUCUCACGUCUGGUUGUACUGCAGCUGGAUGUCACAGAUCCUCACAGUAUCAGAGCAGCUGCUGAGGAAGUAGAAAAGUAUCUUGCAGGACGUGGACUCAACUUGCUGAUCAACAAUGCCGGCAUUGCUUGUGCAACCACUCUGGCCUCAGAGACGGCUCAGAGCAUGGCAGCUGUGUAUGCCACCAACACCAUCGGGCCCAUGCAAGUCUGCCAGGCAUUCCUGCCUUUGCUGAAAAGAGCUGCCCUCAGGAACAUCUGCCUGGAGAUGUGCUGCAGCAAGGCGGCUAUUGUGAAUAUGUCCAGCAGCUAUGGCUCUAUCGCUACUGUUGAUGAGUGGGAAUGGCACCAAGAUAUCAGCUACCGCUGUAGCAAGGCUGCUUUAAAUAUGCUCACCAGGUGUCAGUCCCGGAGUUAUGGCAUCUGUGGGAUCCUGUGUGUUUCCCUCCACCCGGGGGAUGUGAAAACCCACUUGGAAGCAGAAAAGGGAGUAUUGACUGUGGACUCCAGCACAAGAGGAAUCCUGGAGCUGCUUUCCAGACUCUCUGCUAAGGACAAUGGGGCCUUUUUAGACUGGAGAGGACAAACAGUUCCUUGGUGAGGAGGCCAGAAGUAAAAAAAACCACCCUGCUUAAAUCCUGUGUGCGUU